AAUACCACCUCUGCUGCACGCUCCGCUGGCGUCCACGCCGCCCGCGCACUUCGACUGCCCCCGCGUUCCCUUGCGAAAAAAUCAUAAUGCAAUCACCAGGACGGCCGGUGUGGAACGCUCAACAACCACUCGCAACACCCGGCCAGUCUGUAAUUCAAUGCGUCGAAACUCACACGCCGUCCAUCACGAUGAUGGCUUAGUCGGACCGGGAAACUGAUUUCUCUUCAGGUGGCCGCUGAAGUGGAAAUUGUCCGCGUGGUGAUCGCCUCUGAAAACCGUUGGAUGCUCGAAUUCAGUGACGUGUACUUUUACUUUUUGUCGUUUUGUGCCGCCGCUUCGAAAACACUGGCUUGCACUUUCUCGCUUUACUGCUAAUGUUAACAUUUGCGUAAUGCGAUGUUCCACAAUCGCCAAGGUUCGAUGUACCUACCGCGAAAUAUGUAAAACGGACUAUAAGAGUAAUACGGCGAUUCGUUGACCGAGAUUCUCCCAAAAAGUAAUUUGUGUAAUAGGUGGCCAAAUCACCUGGAGUUCAUUAGCGGCCUUUAUCGUCGGGACAAUUGUCCAUCAAAAACAAAUUAAUUCUUUACGCGUAUCGGCCGUGUCCGGUGGAGGUUGCUUUCGAGUGUUGUUGUUUUCGAGGUGUCUUUCUAUCGCGAACAGUGGCCUGGUUCACUCGUUGCCUGCUACCUACCGCAAACUGAUGGUAGCCGAUUACUGUGCGUUAUCAUUCAAGUGUUGAUUUUAUAAAUGGAAUUGUGUUGCUCAAUUAUCAUCCAUUAGUGAUAAGAGGCUUAAUGAAGUUUGUAGGUUUUUAAAAUAGAUAUUAGUGUGAAUUCAUUGCCAGUGUGAUGAGGUGAUCUGUGUAUAGUGCUACCGCUGUGCAAGUGAAACCUAGAAGUGUUUCGGAAUAUGUGGGGGGCGGCGGUAUCCAAUCCGCCGCAUUAUCAUUAUGUUCAGGGGCCGGGCGGGCCCAUGCCUCAGGUCGGACCGAAUGGCCCCAUGCUGCUGGGGCCGAAUGGUUCCAUGAUGGCGGGCCCUAACGGACCAAUCUUAGGUCCUAGGCAUUUGAGACCGCAAUCCUCAUACUCUCUACCUCAUGGCAGCAAUGGGCCUGGUCGGUGGGGUUGGUCGGGCAGUCACGCCUCGUCCUUCGACCGCAGGCAACUAAAAGUGCCUCCACAACCUGCUAGACCAGCGCCCGUGCGCCCUACUCAGGCUAGGCAAGGAACUGCUAACAAUAAGGUCGAUCCCGAGCUGAUCUUCACGAAACAAGAGAAGAUCGGCAAGGGCUCAUUCGGCGAGGUGUUCAAAGGCGUCGACAACAGGACGCAGCAGGUGGUCGCCAUAAAGAUAAUUGACUUGGAAGAAGCCGAAGAUGAAAUCGAAGACAUACAACAGGAAAUCAUGGUGCUGUCGCAGUGCGAUAGCCCGUACGUCACUAAAUACUAUGGAUCCUACUUAAAGGGGACGAAACUAUGGAUUAUAAUGGAAUAUCUCGGCGGCGGGUCGGCGCUAGACCUGAUGAAGGCGGGCAGCUUCGAGGAGAUGCACAUAGCAGUGAUCUUGCGCGAGGUGCUGCGGGGGCUGGACUACUUGCACUCGGAGCGGAAGCUGCACCGGGACAUCAAGGCGGCCAACGUGCUGCUCAGCGAGAUGGGCGACGUCAAGCUGGCCGACUUCGGUGUCGCGGGCCAACUAACGAACACCACCAGCAAGCGGAACACGUUCGUCGGCACGCCCUUCUGGAUGGCGCCCGAGGUCAUCAAACAGUCCUGCUACGACAGCAAGGCCGACAUCUGGUCGCUCGGCAUCACCGCCAUAGAACUGGCCAAGGGCGAACCGCCAAACUCGGAGCUCCAUCCCAUGAGGGUGCUCUUCCUCAUCCCGAAGAACAAUCCGCCGCAGCUGACGGGUAGCUACUCCAAGUCGUUUAAAGAGUUCGUCGAAGCGUGCCUGAAUAAGGAUCCGGAAAAUAGGCCAACGGCGAAAGAGUUAUUAAAGUUCCAGUUCAUCAGAAAGGCGAAGAAGAACUCGUAUCUAAUGGACCUUAUAGAUAGGUAUAAGAAGUGGAAAGCGCAGCGGAGCGAGGAGAGCGAAACAGAAUCGGAAAAUUCAGAUUCAGAGGAGGGCCGCGCGGGUUCGGGCGAGGCGGACGAGCCGUGGAUCAUGACCGUGCGCGGCGGCGCGGCGGCGCGAGCCAUCCAGCACCCCGACCUCGACAACAAGCGCCGCCUCACCGCCAUCGACACCAGAGAGAAUGGUACGUGUAGUAGCAUCCCCGGGUGUCGCAGGGAGGAGACCCGGCCGGGUCGGGGAGGAGACCCGGCCGGGUCGAGCCAGGCGGACGUGCCGCGGAUCAUGACCGUGCGCGGCGGCGCGGCCGCGCGAGCCAUCCAGCACCCCGACCUCGACAACAAGCGCCGCCUCACCGCCAUCGACACCAGAGAGAACGGAGACCCGGCCGGGUCGGGCGAGGCGGACGUGCCGUGGAUCAUGACCGUGCGCGGCGGCGCGGCCGCGCGAGCCAUCCAGCACCCCGACCUCGACAACAAGCGCCGCCUCACCGCCAUCGACACCAGAGAGAACGGAGACCCGGCCGGGUCGGGCGAGGCAGACGUGCCGCGGAUCAUGACCGUGCGCGGCGGCGCGGCCGCGCGAGCCAUCCAGCACCCCGACCUCGACAACAAGCGCCGCCUCACCGCCAUCGACACCAGAGAGAACGGAGACCCGGCCGGGUCGAGCCAGGCGGACGUGCCGCGGAUCAUGACCGUGCGCGGCGGCGCGGCCGCGCGAGCCAUCCAGCACCCCGACCUCGACAACAAGCGCCGCCUCACCGCCAUCGACACCAGAGAGAACGGAGACCCGGCCGGGUCGAGCCAGGCGGACGUGCCGCGGAUCAUGACCGUGCGCGGCGGCGCGGCCGCGCGAGCCAUCCAGCACCCCGACCUCGACAACAAGCGCCGCCUCACCGCCAUCGACACCAGAGAGAACGCGAUCCCGCCGCCUACGGUGGUGGCGGCGCCGAAACAGAACGGCGCGUCGCCCGCGCGCGAGGAGGACGCCAAGCCCAACAACAACAACUCCACCGACAAGCAACCGCCGCGACAGUCUCCAGUGGCCGUGGCUGUGACGGAGCCGCGAGCGGCCAAGGAGCGUGACCGUAGCGACCGGGACCGUGACCGCAGCGACCGCAAUGACCGCAACGACCGCAAUGACCGCAACGACCGGGACCACGACCGCAACGCCCGCGACCGCCCCGAGCGCCAGGACCACGAGCCCGCGCAGCGUGACCAUCUAGCCUACAAUAAAGCCGCUUUGGACCACAGAGGAGCGAAUAGUGAGGAAAAAGUCAAAAAGCAUCAGGCAUAUUUGCACCAGCUUAUUUACCCGCUACUAAACGAGUUGUCACGGAAGCACGGCGCGGGCAGCGUGGCGGCCAUCGAAGAGCUGCGCCGCGCCUUCGAGCAGGCCGAGCGCAGCGCGCCGCACCUCACGCGCGCCUUCGUGCAGCAGGUGGUGCAGAGGGUGGCCACGCAGUCGCACGCGCCCGCGCCGUCGCAUCACAACACGCAGCAGUGGAUGAGGGAUCUAUAAUAUACCGCUGGGGCCGGCGCCGCCUCGUCCCGGCGC